UUCAAACUAACAGCGAUAAAGACUACUUUAAAAAUUUCUUUGGAAAACUUAAAUAUUAUAUCAAAAAAUGAGUACAAAUAUUGGUGGCACAGUAACAACCGAUCCAAGCGGUAAACAGAACAUAAACGUGCAAGCAGCGCACACAAUUGGCAGUGAUAAGGCUAAUCUAAGUGCUGGUGUCUUUGCUAGCGGUACUCCAGGCGGAAAUGUUACUCAUGGUGCAUUCGCUGCUGCAAAUACCGAUAAAGGCGGUAUUGGCAUACAACACUCAACAACUCCUGGUUUUGGUAAAACAAUGUCAGAAAAAGCACAUGUCAAUCUAUUCAAGAAUGAUCAACAUGCUUUUAGUGCUACUGCGUCCCACAGUCGCACGCAGAUGGAAAAUGGCUUAAAAUUUGAUCGUGUAGGUGGUGGUACAAAUUGGAAUAGUGCACAAGGCCAUGCUGCCUCAGUGGGUGUCACACAUGUGCCACAAUUCAAUAUGACCACAUUAGAUGCUGCUGCCAAAGCAAAUCUUUGGACUUCACAAAAUAAAGCCUCAACUUUCGAUCUCAACGCGAAUGCUAGUCGUCAUUUGAAUGGUCCAUUUAAGGGACAAAAUAACUUUGGUGCAGGUGUAGGGUUUACACAUCGAUUUUAGUUAACAGUACUACAUUCGAGCAAUUCAAGGAUUUAUAUCCCUUAUUAAUGCUUACACAAUUAUCUAAAUAAUCGGUAUACACUUUUAAAUUACAUAUUAAUAAUAAAAUACUCUUAUUUAACAAAUUAAUGAACAUAUAUUU